AUGAUGUUGGUGUAUAUCGCCUCUGUAUAUUAUGUAUACGUACAACUUCGUACCUUAGGAGACCAAUAUAGAACAUGAUCAACCCAUUAUCUCAAUGUAGGGUACUUCCAUCUUUUAGCAAGCUUGAUCACUUUAAAUUUUUGUCCAGUAUUGUAUAAUCACAUAUUAAUAUUCGCAUCUACAUUUAUAUAAACAUUUAUUUUGCGGAUGUAUUGAACUUUAAAUAACGACUCAAAAGUAGAUAUUUGUAGGCUUCUCUUUUUCCACGAAUCACAAGCACCAAUUAACGAGCGACACAACAUGAAUUAACUGAGUUCAAACUAAACAUUAUUAGUACUCCCGCCUUUUUCUUAAUUAGAAAAAGUGAUCCCGCCAUAUUUCAAAUAAAAAGGAUUAAGUAUAUGUAAUUAUUUUAAACUAGACGGGCUUAAAUGGAAUAAAAAAAAGUUUUCCUAAACCAUUAUGCAGAAUGGAAAUUAACAAGCUUGAUCAGUUUAAUAUUUUCCUAAAUCCUGGUGUAUUAGGAUUAGGAAACUAAUGCAUUCCUUAAUUGCACAUAAAAUUAGUAAUAACACUUCCUUCUCCGAUUGAACUUGGGAUUAAUCCUCUCCUUAUAAAUUGUUUUAAGUUUUAACUAAUAAGUUUCAUUAUUCAAUAAUUUUAAUUUAUUUUUUUUAACAAUGUCGUACAAUUACAUGUUCAAAUUCAUAAUUGUGGGAGAAACCGGAGUUGGAAAAACUUGCCUGCUUUACCAAUUGACAUCGGCGCGAUUUAAACCGGUUUACGAGGUCACAAUCGGAGCUGAAUUCGGAUCCAGAACGAUCACCGUCGAUCGGAAGCCAAUUAAGCUGCAAAUAUGGGACACGGCGGGACAGGAAAAGUUCCGAUCACUCACGAGAUAUUUUUACAGAGGCGCUGUUGGGGCUUUGCUAGUUUACGACGUGACUAGCAGGCAUACUUUCCAGCAGCUCUCGAAUUGGCUCGAGGAUUUACGAAAACACGGCGAUGAGAAAUUGACGGUAAUGGUGGUGGGGAACAAGUGCGAUCUCGAUGAAGAAACUAGGGUUGUUAGUAAGGAGGAAGGCGAGGAAUUUGCGAAGAGGAAUAAGUGUUUGUUCAUGGAAGUAUCAGCUAAAACGGCGAAGAAUGUGGAGGCGGCGUUCGGUAGCGCGGCGGAGGAAAUAUGUGAGAAGAUCGGAAAAGGGGAUUUUGGGACGGUGGAGGGAUAUAAGGGGAUUACAAUUGGGAAUUGGAGAGGAAAAACAAAAAGAUUUUACUCAUGCUGUUUUUGA